AGCACUCUCUCCUGUUUCUCUUUUGCAGACUGUAGCUCUUGGACUCCCUCCAUCUACCUGAAGUGCCUGUUGCUCAGUAAAGCAAAAUAGAAAUUGUGCUAGAACUUGCUCAACCUGCCAGCUGUUAUGAUCUAGUGCAACGCCAGGCACAUAUAUUACAGUUCUAGCAGUAAAGAAUCUAUGUUGGUAUAAGCACACCUCUUUAGACUAUCAUAUCAUUGGCUGGGAAAGCUGUCAGACCUGAUAAACAAGCACUUCUGUCUCCUUCCAGUGGAAUUUAAAUUUUGGAAAGCGGAGCAUAUAAAAUUCCAACCAGCCCGUACUGGGUUUCAUUGGUCCUUGAUGUUUGGGAACUAAGAGUCACUUUCUUGAGCGAAGAGUAAGAGUUUCAGUUUGCUGCACAUACAGGACUGAUCCCUGUACUGCUGAGCUCCAUCCGGGAAGACAAUAUGGCUUUGCAACUUGUUGGUCUGGUGUUGGGAGGCAUUGGCUUGAUAGGAACUUGUGCUGUCACCGGCAUGCCCCAAUGGAGAGUGACUGCCUUCAUUGAUAACAACAUUGUGGUGUUUGAGGCACAGUGGGAAGGAUUGUGGAUGAACUGUGUCAGGCAAGCCAACAUCAGGAUGCAAUGCAAGGUAUAUGAUUCACUGUUGGCACUGACACCUGACUUGCAGGCUGGCAGAGCACUGAUGUGUGUGGGUAUCUGCUUGACAUUCCUUGCUUUCAUUAUCGCCGUCAUUGGCAUGAAAUGCACUGUGUGUGUUGGAGAUAAUACGAGAGCAAAAGGUAUUAUACUUCUGGUAGCUGGCAUAACAUUCAUCCUUUCUGCGAUUGUGGUUCUGAUUCCAGUAUCCUGGACUGGUAAUCAGAUAAUCAGGGACUUCUACAAUCCUCUUGUUCUUCCAUCGCAGAAGAGAGAACUGGGUGAUGCGCUGUACAUUGGGUGGACCACAGCAUUGCUUUUAUUUGUUGGAGGGCUAAUCCUUUGCUGUUCCUUCUGGAUCGGUGAAAAAAAAGUCAGAUACAGCCUGCCUCCUAAAUUGGUAACCGGUGCUCCCCCGCCUAAAUCAGCAACCAGUGGUCCACUACGCCAGCCAUCAAGCCUCUACUCCAAAAGCCAAUAUGUGUAGAAAAGGUUACUUGGCACAGAUAUCAGUGGCCGCCUGCAAAGAGACCCACUGCAA